GUUGGGUGUGUGUUUGGACUAGGUGAUCUGAGAGGUCUUUCCCAGCCUUAAUGGUUCCAUGAUUCUUUAGUUAAUGAUAUACAAAUCAUAUACAAGAUUUGUAUUGACAAAUGUGUAUUGAAAGCCAUGCGACUCCUAAUCGUCUGAUGGGUAUCUGUACACUGCUGAGUUAAACAAAUGUAGGCAGAUCUUAUAGUGGACUCCCAGAUUUUGUGAUAUAAAGAUGUAUCCUGAUAUGAUGAUUAAGGUUUUGUAAUGACUGAAUUUAUCUUCUGAGGAAACCAUAAUGCCAGUGUGGUCAGAGCUAAGCAUGUUACAAUCAUCCUAAUGAGUAAUACAAUGCUUAAACACACUUCUUCAACGUCAUAAUUCUACUGUUGACAGGCAGAGAUAACCUAUAAGUAGCACAACUCCUCUGUGGUCAGAUGUAGACACAGACCUAUUUUGUGACACAGAUGAGAUCUGUGCUGACCUAAAGACCAGCAGAGAUAGAUCAGUUAGAUUAGGGAUAGAGAGGUGUGGAUGUUUGCACUCAUUGCAUGGAAACUGUGUGAUUUCCAUACAUGAAUAUUCAGACUGAAAUUGCUCACCAUAGAAUGGGUGAUAUUUAAAGUUAUUCUGGUGAUGUGGAGAUCUCUCACAAGUGAAGUACAAACCUCAGUCUUUAUAAAAAGCAGAAUAGAGCUACCAGAGAUGAUUUUGCUCUUGUUUAGCAUCCAGGUGAGGUUGAAACAUCAGAAAAGUUUAAUCAAAAACCAAGAGGGCCUUUCUUUAUUAUUAUUUUUAAUAUUGUUGCUAAAACUGGUAGUAGUCAGUGCUAUGUUUGCUUCUCCACACACUGGAAAAAAUGAAUGGGUCAUGGUUCCAGUUCCCUAAGAUAACCAAAAAGUGUUGCCUAACUAAUACAUGACUCAAGGAUUAAGGAUGACCUCAAGGAUUGAGAGCCAAGAGUGGGCAGUUGACACCGUUGUGGCAGAAUGACCGUUCCUCAUGGAAUACAAAUAUGUCCCAGCUUCAUUGGGCAGCCAAAAGUCAUUUGUCUGGAUUAAAAGCAUCUAAUAAGCAUCUGGGCCAUGUCAGAAUAAGCUGAUACUAGCAGGAAGAGGGUUCAAAAAAAUUGCUUUCUGUCCUAAAUAACCUCUCAGACUGUUAAAUCAUGAUGGAGGUAUUCGUUCUAUGGAUGCAAAAAGGAUUUGUUUGCCUGUGCAACUGGCCAAAAAGAUGGAAUUUUCUGUUGCUAUAUGGCAAAUGUGACAUACUGGAUGAAGAGUGAUAGACUGUUAACACCUCCCACCCCUUCCACACAUUCUCUCUCUCUCUCACACACACACACACAUUUUUUGUUCCUUCUCUUUGCUCAGUGGUACUUCUUAGCAGGCAUAACUUUGCUGUGUGCUCUGUUUUUGGGAGAUAUGCCUGUGGAAGCUGUCAUGGCAGCCCCAAGGAAGCCUCAGAGGUCUUGAGGUCUUGGGCUGAAUGCUUUGGGAGGAAAAUUAUGGCUAACAAAGGGCUGCAAUACUGUCAUUCAGCAGGGACUAAGGGUGAGCCUGGGAGGGGUUUGGGUGCUCUGUCAUUUUAGAAGGUGGAAGGGAAGAAUUGCACUGUCUGUUCGCAUUAUUGUUCUGAUUUGGGGGAAUAUGACUUGACAAAGGUUAGGGAGGAAGUGCAGAUUAUAGGUUUUCACAGGAGGGAAACAAUUCUCCCUUACUCAGGAGAGGAAUAUUCUAGUUCCUCUGUGCAAGGCAGGGAAAUCUGUCUCCUUUUAAGAGAGGAUCCCUCUUGUCCAUGCCUAGGCUUAUUGCUAAUUAAAGCUGUUGCUACACCUUGCUGUUAUGUCCUGACGAGCUAUUGAUAUUUAAUUUGGCCCACCUUUCCUGACUCAAGUCAGGUCCCAGAAACUACCUCCGCCCUCCCGCCCACAGGUCUUAGCACCCAGCUGGUGUGCAUGCCAAUCCCCUGCACUGAAGCUGAAGGCAGCUCUCAGAUAUACUGCAUUGUGCCCAAGGUUCAGCAUCCUGUCAUCCACAACCCCCUGCCUUGUGUGACCAUGUUAGCAGGACAGGCAGCAGUAAGAAGAGGCCAGAAAUGAGAAGGAUGCUAAAGAGGGAUGAGCAACCAGAACUCUUUUUCUAACAAAGAAAUGUUGUUCCUAGAGAAGCCUAGAACAGCCUCUAACUUUUGGUGAGGUGGGCUGGGAAUGGUGGGUAACAGUGCAUGGGACAGGGCCAAUUGCCCCCCUCUGCCCCCUGACAUGGCAGAGUUGCUGUAUAGUUGCUGUUGAGAGAAAGAGCAAUAGGAAAACAGAAACCAUAAAUAGAUUGUCAGAGGCAGGUAAAUAAAGAGGGGAAGAAGAUAAAAGAUUGCAGAAGGAGGUGCAGUGGUGUCACGAGGACCUGAAGCCUGGCAUCCAACAACAAAUCUGAAGACACAAAAGGUUACUUGCAUCAUAUGGCACGUGAAGCAUGUGAUGGUAUCGUGAGUUUGUAACAGGGAGCCUGCUUAUUACUCCAUGGGUGCAUGGUAUGAGGUGGAGGACAUAGCAGUGUGCAGCACAGCCCGAUUCUUGUGUUUCUAUUUGUGAGUGGAGCAUAUGGGUCACGUUUAUAGAGUGCUGCUGCUUUAGUUCCUGAAGAAUCCAGUGUGCCCGGAGUGAGGCUGCUCCACCACAAAGACCAGACCAUGGUACCUGGGAAUGGGGGAAUUUCAAAUGGACAGCCCCUGCAUUUAUACAGGCCUGUGUAUGUGACCACCUGCAAAGGAAAGAUCUUUCAUGGACCUGCACUUAACUGCUUUGGAAGUCAUGCCCAGAGUGGUCAUUCCACCAAGGUCAAUUGAUUUAUUCUGUGGUAAGGUUGUAAGUGGAGCUGGUUUUAGGGAUACAGUUACUUCUGUUCUUUCUCUGAUGCAUAUAGAAGGACAGGCUGGGGGUUGGAAUUAGGGGCUGUACUGGAUCUUUCCUAAAAAUACAAUACUAAAUUAUUGCUGUUUCCUAGGAUAGGAGGUGAAACCUCCUUAUCUAACGUGUUUGGAUUCCUGCAAAGAUAUGUGACUUGUUUCUUCACCACAGCACAUUUUGUAACCCUGUGAUACAAUUUGGCUAAUUUCUUGUAGAACAAGAGGGAGCAGGUUUUAUUUGCUUCGGAUGUUGAUUCCAGCCUGCUGCAAUUUACAUCUAUAUCACAGUGGUAUUAAAACAAACAAACAACAAGGAGCUGACUUAAAUCUAAAGCUUCAGUUUGGUUCUUAUGUUGAAAUACUGAAGCGAGGCAGUCGUUCCAAUGUGAGGUAGAAAGUCUGACCAAGGAAGAUAAUCAUUUAACCAGGCUUUGUUUGGAGAAGUUCUUCUCCAAAUGCAUUACGUUUUCUCUUAAGAAGAGAACAUUUGAGAUGAUUUGAAACCCACACAUACUUGGUUUUGUAUUACGAUUUAUUGGCAGGAUGCCUUGGGUAAGCUAUUUAACAUAUUGACGAGUUCUUCUUUGACAGCACCUUAUUACCAGACAUAUUCUUCUACCCUGUGGUAUAUCUGGUGAGUAAAUACUUAUCAAUUAUAUGGAAGUGGGUGGAGCUAGGGCGGGAGAAGGGGUAACAAUUUUGCUAUCACUAUAUCUGGUGGCAGAUUUAGAGUGCAGCAGCUCCCUCCUAGGAGUAGCUUUGGCUUUUAGAAUGUGUAGCUUUUGUUUGCCUCUGUCUCUUGAAGCCUGCCUGAUCCUCCACAGCAGAUGAGCAAACAUUCUAAGAAAGUCAGCAGGUUGAUGUUUUAAAGGAGCAAGCAUGGAAGAAAGUAGACAAGGCUACAGCCUUGCAGAGGGCAAAACUUUGUUAAUCUGGAUGACUUCAUUUGUAGUGCUAAUUCUAUUACCUUCAAUGUUUAGAGUGUCGUUGGGGAUUUCUCAUGUCUAUGUGAAAAUUGUAAUAAAAACAUUGGAGUGGGCCACCCUGCAGAUUGAGAAGGGAAUAAAAAUGCAGAAGGCGCUGGCACUUGAAAAUUUAAUCGCCAAUGGGAUCAUCCAGAGAGAGGAAACAUCCAUGGAAAAGGAGAUUGCUGGUCAGCACAGGGGAUACUUCAACCUUGCAGAUAUUAUGUACUUUGCCAAGAAGGGGUGUGAGGCAGUAGCAGAAGAUGAAGUCACACAGCGGUUCACCUCUGAGGAGCUGUUAUCCUGGAAUCUCCUCAGCAGAACCAAUGCCAACUUUCACCUUGUCAGCUGGCAGCUGACUGCUGUGUGGUUCAUUGGGAUCUUAAUCCGGUACUGUCUCCUGUUGCCUUUUCGCAUCUUCUUGUCUUUCUUCAGCAUCCUCUUGCUGGUCUCAGCAACUACCGUAGUAGGACAGUUUCCAAAUGGCAGGGUUAAGCACUGGCUGAGUAACCAGGUUCAGAUGACAUGUGCUGCAUUAGGCAUCCGAUGUCUGAGUGGUCUUGUUCAAUUCCACAACAGGGAAAACAGACCACAGAAAGGAGGCAUCUGUGUAGCCAACCACACAUCUCCUCUAGAUGUUCUAAUCCUGGCUAGUGAUGGAUGCUAUUCCUUGGUUGGCCAGGUACAUGGAGGGCUUCUGGGACUUAUUCAGAAGUCUUGCAUGCAAACCAGUCAGCAUGUUUUGUUUGAACGUUCAGAAAUGAAAGAUCGUCAUCUGGUGAGAAAAAGAAUCAGAGAACACAUUGCAGAUAAGGCCAAAUUACCCAUUCUAAUUUUUCCAGAAGGUACCUGCAUAAACAACACAUCAGUUAUGAUGUUUAAGAAGGGAAGCUUUGAAGUAGGAGGGACCAUCCAUCCAGUAGCUAUCAAGUAUGACCCUCGCUUUGGAGAUGCGUUCUGGAACAGCACCAAGUAUUCCAUGAUGACCUAUAGUUUUAAUGUGUUGACCAGCUGGGCUAUUGUCUGCAAUGUGUGGUACCUGCCACCAAUGGUCAAAGAGGAAGAAGAAGAUGCUGUUCACUUUGCCAACAGAGUCAAGGCUGUCAUUGCUGCUCAGGGAGGGAUGUCUGUACUGCCAUGGGAUGGAGGACUGAAAAGAAAAAAAGUCAAAGAGUCUUUCAAGGAAGAGCAACAGAAAAAAUAUUGCCAGCUAGUGACAGAAAAUGGGUUUGUGGGAAAUGGAAAUGUUCACUAAAUGUUAUUUAUUUUAUCUCCUGUUUUUUUGUUUUUCGACUGGACUCCAUGGAAAAUGGGCGCUUUUUUUUUUUUUUUUUUUUUUUUUCCUAUUAAAACCCACAUUCUUUCUUGCUGUCCCUGUCAGAUAUUAACUGUUAAUUUCUUAACUACUAAUAAAACAUAUGUCUUUGCAGUCUGUAUCAGCAUCUCGUUUCACCAUUUUCCUGUGAACUGCAGGCACUUUAUUAUUGUAGAGAGACACUUGUCCUGUGAGAAGACAUGGAACGUUCACCAUAAUGUUUUCAGAAUUCCAAGAUGUGGAUGAAGUGUUGUAUGUCAGAGGGGGGAAAGAAAACCCUUGUGACUUUACUCUGUGUUACAAAACAAGUGAUUGCCAGGUAGGAGAUUUCCCACUGUCCCAGUGACUAACAGCAGCACAGCAGCCAUGGCAAUGUGUGCCAGGUGUCUGCUUGUGUGACAUGGGGAUCAGUUGGUUAAAGCCAAGGAUAGUGAGUGGUGUGGAAAAAUAUAUUCUGAAACUUAUACUUUGUUGUCUGAUUUUUCCUGUAUCCCUUCCUGUGUCCGUGUACACUGCACGAAUUAAAGCCUAUGUCAUGG